AUGCCGCCUGUGCGCCUGCGAGAGCCGAGGUUGCUGUAUUCUUCGUUCUCGGCCGAUGAAGGGAAGAAAGUCGGGGUUUUGGAGGAUGCUGAUGAGGUUGCUGUUGGGACCGAGGCGGUGCGUGAACGAGCAACAAUAGCUCAUAAUCGACUUCGACACAGAUUUGCCGCCCGUGAGCAAGGCCGCGGAGCGGCGUGCACCAUCGUACAUCCCCCGUCCCCCAACGCGUUUAUCCUCUUCCGGUCGCAUUUCAUCCGGACCCAGAGUGUGCCCGAGCGUGUGGAGGGGAACCACAGCGUGCUCAGCAAGAUCGUCGGCAAGUAUUGGAAAGCGCUACAGCCCGAAGAGCGGGCGCAGUGGGAGGACAGGCACGUGCAGCCCAGGCCGAGCAUCGGCGGCGGUAUCCCGAUUGGCGGUUCCGACCCGGAAACGUCAGCAAGAGCAAGAGCGAGGACGCUCGAAGAAACGACGUGCUACGACCUCCGCCUCAGCCUCACCGACCGUCGUGCGACCAACACAGGACCUAUCACGCGAUCUGGACGCACACGAGCGACAACUGUUACGGUCACGCCUCCCACAGUCAAGUCUCCCAAAAGCAAGAGCCGUGUAGCCGUAGUGAAGGGCAAGGGCAAGGGCAAGGCACGUGCCCUGAGUCAGGAUGCGGUAGUAAAGACCCAGGAGGCCAGCGAGACUAAAGAAGAAAAAGACAAGAGAGAUCGAGACAAUGCUCGAUGCGAGAAGAUCGCCAAUUUGCUAGUCGAGGGCAAGUCUGGGCCGGCGUUGGCAGCUGCUGUCGCUGCCUGGGAUGCAGAUCAGAGCCGUGUCGAUCUUGAGCAGCAUCAUAAGCGCCGGCGCUCAUCUUCGGCUGAAGGUCUAGUUGCUGUACCCAAGCUGAUCAGGCGUCCAUCUUCCGCAGAUGUCUCCGACGUCACCGUACACCCCGUCCUCCCCGUUCCUUCCCAUCAGUCCCCUGUGCCGGCUCAGGUUCAAGCCUAUGCGCCAACGAGCUUCCCCCCAGAUGUCCCGCUGACUCAAAUGUUCAAACGCUCAUCGAGUGCUCCGUGCCGCGGUCGGGCAUCGUGCCCCGAUGGCCAUACGCAGCACACCGCUGGUCUAAGCGUCCCGAGCGUUGGACCCAUGAUCACGCCAGCGACCCAACGUGGCCCAGACCCAGUGUACACUCAGGAGCAGCAGCAGCCUUGGGCGCCAGGCCACACGCGCCGGGACACUAUUUCGCUGCCCGUCAUGCAGCAGGAGUACUUCCAGUCGUUGCCCGUCAGCGUUUCCGAAUAUCGUCCGCCCGGGCACGCCAGUUACCCGGAUCCUACACACGUGCCUGUACAUCCGGGUCCCGGUCCGAAUGUGCGAUAUCGCGAGACGGCGACGUCAAGUGCAUGGUGGCAUCGGGCGCGAGAGACACAUGACAUUGAGACGGACUACUCGCCUGCGGAGGAGAACGGAUGGGGCGAUCGAGGAUUGGGGUCGUUCUCUGUAAGCUUGCCGCCGUUCUCUGUUACCGGAGCUGACGGCGAUGGUGAACAGCAAGCUGGGCGUCAGGCAACGCCUUCGCCGACGAUGUCACCCAUGCCUCUCCGCUGCAAGUAA